CCCAAACCCUAACGCUAACCCUAAUUUCCAUCCAUGACUACCCCCAGAUCCCCCUUUCAAACACUAUCAUCUUCUUCAUUUUCCUCAUCAUCGUCUUCUCCAUUCCAAUUCACCCCCAAAACAUCCCUCAAAUUCCCAUCAAAACCCUCCCAAAUCCUCUGUUCACAAACCCCCAAUCCCCGAUCUCCACCAAAAUCCAUCACCUUCAUCUCAAUCCUUCGAACGAUCCCAGAUUGGGCCGACGGCAUCAAGGAGAGGCGUAUGAAACAGAGUAGGCCGCUUUACAAGCACGAAGACUGGGUUCGCCAUAGAAGCUCUCUAAGACAUAUUAGGCAUUUGCUUUCCAGCCUUAAUUCCAGGGUGAUUUUGUCUUUGGUGCCGCCGGUAAUUGCGUUUACGUCAGUGGCUACGGUUGUAGCAAGUUACAACACGGCGGUUCUCUGGCAUUUGUUGCCGGAGAUUUUUCCGGUACUGAGAGCUUCUUCUUUACCGUACCAAUUAACAGCACCGGCGUUGGCAUUGUUGUUGGUUUUCAGAACGGAAGCUUCGUAUUCGAGAUUUGAGGAAGGGAGGAAGGCGUGGAGUAAGGUGAUUUCUGGAACAAAUGACUUUGCUAGGCAAGUGAUUGUUAGUGUGGAGAAGGAUUCUUCUUUGAAGACGGCACUUUUGCAGUAUAUUGUGGCAUUUCCAGUCGCCCUUAAGUGCCAUUUGAUUUACGAAUCUGAUAUAGGAAGAGACCUUGAGGAUCUACUUGAUGAUAUUGAUUUGGAAAUAGUUUUGAGUUCAACUCAUCGCCCACGAUGCAUCAUCCAGUUCAUCUCUCAAAGCAUGCAGCUGCUCGAUUUGGAAGAGCCUAAGCGAACUGUACUGGAAUCAAAAGUUUCUUGUUUCCAUGAAGGUAUUGGUGUUUGUGAACAAAUCAUGGGCAUACCGAUCCCACUUUCGUAUACUCGUUUGACCUCAAGAUUUCUUGUGCUCUGGCAUCUUACCCUUCCGAUCAUACUUUGGGAUGAUUGUAACUGGAUCGUGGUUCCGGCUACAUUUGUUAGUGCGGCUUCUUUGUUCUGCAUCGAAGAGGUUGGAGUUCUGAUCGAAGAGCCCUUCCAGAUGCUUGCUCUAGACGAGCUCUGCAAGCUCGUUUACAACCACGUACAAGAAGCAAUGAAGAGCGAGAAAAAGAUUCGAGAAACUCUUAAAGCGAAAAAAGAGGCUGCUGCUGCUGCAUCCAUGAACCCUUCAUCAAAUGGUCACCCAACCGAACAGAAUAAUACUCGGCAUUGCAGUUCGUCCUCGAGAUAAGUCUUGACAUGCUAUUGAUCCAAAUCAUUUUUCCUUUUGUUGGUCCACCUAGGGUGAGACCUGAGUCGAGUUUUCGUUUCUUUCACAUGAAACAGGAAUGAAAAUGUCGAAUGUUAAAUGACCUAAACGAAUAGCACCCCACAUUUCGAAUUACGGCCUGUUGUAGUUAUAGAUUCGUAGUAUAUGUAUAUAUCCUAGGUAUUUUUGAUGAUAAAACAAUGAAAGUUGUCGAAAAAGGUACGGUUCUAGAAAGUUCAUCUUCUACAAGUUUUUAUACUCAGAUUCAAGGUAAAACCGUAAAAAAAUGAAAA